AUGAAGCUUGCCAUUACAUUAUUAUUCUUGCUUUUUGCUUGCGUAUUUGCAGAACAGGAAAGAAACCGUGGUCCAUACCACUUCGAUGACAAAGCACAAGAAAAAGAUUUUGAUCUGAUGGUGGAGCAUUUGUGCUAUUUUGACAAUCUAAUCGUUGUUUGCUUUGACCCUUUGUUGAAUAAAGAGUUUGAAUUUUUACCUUGGACGGUGAAAUCUUACCUUCAAUCUCGAACCUUGUAUGAUACAGCUAUCGAGUUUCUAGAGUCUGGCAACUAUACUCAAAAGGAUAUUGAGAAGGCAGUGAAGAUAGCAAAGGCAAAUCGAAGAAGACCAAGAAGAUACCGACCUUCAAGAGGGUAA